GCUGCGCUUAAAAUUAUUACUUUAUGGCAACGUGAAAAUUCGUUUAAAGUUCUUCGAGUGUAAUUUUAUGAUGGAAAAAAAUAAAAUAUCUAAAGUGUCUGGGUGAACAAAAAAAAAACAUGUUUUGACAGCUCUCGUGGUUAUGGGCAACGCAUUGCGGUUUAAAUGUAUAAAUUGUGCGAACGCAGACCAACGGCAACGCAGAAAAAUCACUGUACUCCUGGUUGGUUUGGACAACGCUGGAAAGACUUGUACUGUUAAAAGUAUUAUGAAAGAAAAACAAAAAAAUAUUCUUUCUACUGUUGGGUUUUCGUCUUCCAAUUGUAAUUAUCAAGACAAUGCUAUAACUAUUUACGAUUUAGGUGGUCACAAACAGAUCAGAGAUAUAUGGGAGCAGUAUUUUGCUGAUGUACAUGGUGUAAUAUUUGUCGUGGAUUCGGCGGAUCUUAGUCGGUUAAAUGAAUGCAAAGAGGUUUUUCAUAAUUUACUUGGACACAAAAAUAUUGCUGGAAAACCAGUACUAUUAUUUGCUAAUAAGCAAGACAAACCAGGGGCUCUAGAUGAGUUGGACAUAGUAGAUCGACUAAAUGUAGAGACUGUAGUGAAUACAAAUAAGUGCCCAACACUUGUAGAAACAUGUACUGCUCUACAUAUGGCACCUAUUAAUUACUGUAGUUCUGCUUUUAUUGAUCCAAGCAUUGAAAGUGGAUUUAGUUGGCUGAUAUUACAUAUUGUAAAACUAUAUGAUACGCUCAACCGCCGUGUCAUGGAAGACAUGGCACAAUAUAAAGCUCAAGUGGAUAAAAAGAUUGAAGAGUGGAAAAAAAAUCAACAGAAUUCAAACGACUCAUAUUUACUAUCGUUUAACGCACCACACCGGAGGUCUACCAGACGCAAUCCGUUUAGAAGAAUUAAUAAAGUCAUAGAUAGUUUUGAUUCAAAAGCAUCAAACUUGAUGACUGAAAUGGGGAGUACAUCAUAUAUUAUACCACUUAGAAGUGAAUCCGAUGAGGAGUACGAACCACCUGAUCUUCAACCACAGCCUGAGACAACUGCAUUCCGAAAUAAAGUCGCCCCAAUAUUACCGACAAAAAUACAAACAGAAUCAAUGCCAUCGGUCAAAUCGCGAUCACCACUUUUUAGGGCCAAGUCCAGAGAGUAUGAUAGGAAUUUAGUCGAAGCCGUAACGACCACCGCUAAUACCACUACCACCAUUAGCUCCACUGAAUUGUUUAUUCAAAACGAAUCUGCAGGCACAGCAAAAAUGAAACGAUCUAUUUUUAGCAAUAAGUCAAAUUCAGCUGGUGCUAGUGGUAGUGGUACUACUCGUUCAUCAAAACCUAAUCGGUCGUCUAGUGCUAAGUCAUUAAAGAAAAGUGAAUCAUCCAACAAACAAGAUGAUAAUCAGAAAUCAGAAAAGUUGUAUCCAAACGAUGAAGAAGAUGUGGUUGUACAACAGCCGGAUGUAUCAAUCGUUAGUUCAGAAAUAAUAGGCCAUAUGUGAUUACGACUGAUGGUUAUAAGACAAUUUACACAAUUAUUAUUGUUUUAUUGAAUAAAAAUAAGCGAC